AUGGUGGAGCAGCCCCGCCCCCUGCGUCCGGCCCCGCCCCCUCCGCUGGACGUGGGCGCGGGGCACAGCGUCGUGCGCCACCUGCCGUUGUGCGCGCCGUUGGCGCACCACGUGGUUUCUGGGUCUCGAGGCGCGGGCGGCGGGAGGCGGCGGCGGGGCCGGAGCGGGAGCCCCAAGCGCGCCUGCGGCGUCGGGGUCGGAGGACCAAGCGCUGGGAAGAUGCUGGAGGUCCAGGUGCUGAAGAUUGAAGAUCUAGGUUGCUUCUGGGUUAUUAUAAAAGGGAAUAGUCCCCUUUUAGAUCAUGAAGCUGACUACCAAGAACUAAAUAGUGCCAUGAAUGACUUCUAUAAUAGCAUGCGUCAAGAUAUCAAAAUAAAACCAUUAAUGUUGGAAGAAGGGCAGGUUUGUGUGGUUUAUUGUCAGGAACUCAAGUGCUGGUGCAGGGCUGUCAUUAAGUCAAUUGUAUGUUCAGCAGACCAUUACCUGGCAGAAUGCUUCCUUGUGGAUUUUGCCAAGUACAUUCCAGUGAAAUCGAAAAACAUCCGAGUUGCAGUAGAAACUUUUAUGCAGCUUCCCUACAGAGCGAAAAAAUUCAGACUGUAUUGCACAAAACCUGUUACAUUACACUUUGACUUUUGUGAAGACAGUGCUAAAAUUGUACCCGCCAAGAAGUGGGACACUGCAGCUGUUCAGUACUUUCAGAACAUCCUAAAAGCAACUACCAAGGUGGAAGCCAAAUUAUGUGCUGUAGAAGAUGAUACUUUUGAGGUUUAUCUUUAUGUAACUAUAAAGAAUGAAAAAGUUUGUGUUAAUGAUGACCUGGUUGCAAAGAACUUCGCUUGUUAUGUAUCACCCAUGGAGAAUAAAAACUUUGAUUCUUUAGAGAAACCAAGAUUGAGUAUAAAGUCAGCAUCCUUUCCCAAUAAACUCAAUCCAGCACUUAGUCUUUGGCCAAUGUUUUUGCAAGGAAAAGAUUCUCAAGGAAUGGAAAAGUCACAUGGUUUAACUUUUCUGGCGCAGUCUCUCCAGCAUUCGUGGCCCAAGCGUGUUGUGAGUGAUCCAGGGCCAACAGCUACUAUCCUGGAUAAAACUAUGAAAUGUAAAGUGGAUUCCUUGACUGGUUCACCUAAAAAGAUAUCUGAAAAGAAACAACAGUGCAUCUCUUUAAAAGAUGAAAAUAAGUGUGUUGAAUCUUCAGUGUAUUGGCCAACAAAAAGAGGCAUAACCAUAUAUGCUGAUCCAGAUAUACAAGCAGACAGUGCUUUAUGUCAGAAGUCAAAUGAAAAACCACUCAGAUUGGCUGAGAAGAAAGAGUACAAUGAGAAGAAUGGCUGUGUAAAAUUAUUGCAGUUUCUAAAUCCUGAUCCUUUGAAAGCUGAUGGAAUUUCUGAUCUGCAACAGUUGCAGAAGCUGAAGGCGGGUGCACAGCCGGCCUCUGCAGUGCUCCAGAACAAGAUUGAACCUUGCUUGUCCAUUGACACGGCGCCGCUCUCGGCAGACCUGAAAAAGGCUCUUCAAAGAAAUAAAUUUCUGGGACCUAGCCACACUGAAUCUUACUCGUGGCCUGCCAUAGCACGUGGCUGUGAUGUGGUUGUCAUUUCUCAGUGUGGAAAUGACCCCUUGCUGUACCUUCCACCAGUGCUUACGAUUUUGCAAAUAGGGGGCUGCUACAAGUCAUUACCAAGUAGAAACGGACCUCUGGCAGUCAUCGUGUGCCCUGGGUGGAAAAAGGCCCAGUUUAUUUUUGAGCUAUUGGGAGACUAUGGCGUGUCCUCCAGGCCACUUCAUCCUAUGUUAUUAACAAUUGGACUCCACAAAGAUGAAGCCAAAAAUAUGAAGCUUCCAAGGGGGUGUGAUGUAAUGGUUACAACACCGCAUAGCCUCCUGAGAUUUCUCAGAUAUCAAAGCUUGUUAUUUCUUAGACUCUGUCACCUCAUUUUGGAUGAGGUGGAAGUAUUAUUCUCUGAAGCUAAUGAACAAAUGUUUGCUAUAUUAGAUAACUUUAAAAAAAAUAUUGAAGUUGAAGAAAGGGAAUCUGCACCAUAUCAAAUUGUUGCAGUUGGAGUUCAUUGGAACAGACAUAUACAACAUUUAAUCAAAGAGUUCAUGAAUGAUCCCUACAUUGUGAUCACCGCCAUGGAAGAGGCUGCUCUCUACGGCAAUGUCCAACAGGUGGUACAUCUUUGCCUAGAAAGUGAAAAAACCUCUACUUUACUCCAGACCCUUGACUUCAUUCCAAGUCAGGCACAAAAGACCUUGAUCUUCACCUGUUCUGUAGCUGAAACUGAAAUAGUGUGUAAGGUGGUAGAAAGCAGUUCAAUAUUUUGCUUGAAAAUGCAUAAAGAAGUGGUUUUUAAUUUAAAAAGUGUAUUAGAACAGUGGAAGAAGAAGUUAAGUUCUGGCUCUCACAUUGUAUUAGCUUUAACUGACGACUGCAUCCCACUCUUGGCCAUCACUGAUGCCACGUGUGUGAUUCACUUCAGCUUUCCUUCCUCACCAAAAAUUUUUGGUGGACGUCUGUAUUGCAUGUCUGAUCAUUUUCAGAGUUUAACUGAACAGGGUUCUAUUGCAAAACAGGGAGGUAAAAAGACCAAAUCUGUCUUGCUGCUGACGGAGAGAGGUUCGUGCCAUGCUGUGGGUGUUUUGCGAUACUUGGAAAGAGCAGAUGCCAAGAUUCCAUCAGAGCUGUAUCAGUUUACUGCAGGCGUUCUAGAAGCCAAGGAGGAAAAGAAAGCUGGGAGGCCUCUCUGUCCAUAUCUUAAGGCUUUUGGAUUUUGCAAAGACAAAAGGAUUUGUCCUGAUCGACACCAUAUUAAUCCAGAAAUAGACAAUCCAAGAAAAUUAUCCAACCAUGCUAUACCAAUGUUUGGAUACAUUAAAAUAAUACCCUUUUACAUUUUGAAUGCAACGAAUUACUUUGGUCGUAUAGUUGAUAAACAUGUGGAUCUUUAUGCAACUCUUAAUGCUGAAAUGAAGCAGUAUUUUGAGGAUUCCAGUAAUAAAACAGCCAUUGAAAAGGUGGAGAAAUUUGGAUUAUAUGGAUUAGCAGAGAAAACACUUUUUCACAGAGUUCAGGUGUUGGAGGUGAGCCAAAAAGCAGACACGUGGGCCUUAGACACUGUCCUUGUGAAGUUUAUAGAUGAAGGCAGGACUGGACCCAUCCCCAGAGACCAGCUGCUGCAUCUCCCAGAAAACUUCCAGGCUCUGCCCCCCCAGGCCAUGGAGUUCAUUGUUUGUCGAGUGAAACCCGCUGACAAUGAAGCUGAAUGGAACCCAAAGGUUACUAGGUACAUUCAUCAUAAAGUUACUGGAAAAUUGCAUGAUGCAAAAGUGGUAUUUGCUUUAGGAAAUACAAUUUGGAUUGAUCCAAUGGUGCACGUUACAAAACUUUUAAAUUUAAAAACUUCUGUCAUUGAUUACAAUGUUCGAGCUGAAAUUUUGUCAAUGGGAAUGGGCAUUGAUAAUCCAGAACAUAUAGAACAACUGAAAAAAUUGUACGAAGGAGCUAAAAUACAAACUGUUGAAGAAAACCUGAGCCAAAUACUGGCACCAUUGACCACAGAAGAUGCCGCCUGUCUGCAGAGCACACAGCAAGAGGACGGGGCUUCAGAGAGAGGUGCCGACUCCGGAACGAACUUAGAAAACCGGAAGCAUGGUUGGUUAUGUAAAGGAUGGUUAACAAAAUCAUUAUUAGAAACUAGAGGCCAGGUGCACGAAAUUUGUGCAUGGGGGGGAGGAGUGUCUCUUGGGAAAUGUGACCUUUGUUCAGAAGCUUCACCUGGAUACACUGGAGAUGCUUCCGAGAACAGAGCUGUGGAACCUCUGCAAAGCUUCCACCCCCCAGUUCAGUGGUUCCAAAAAGAUGAUGUGGUCAUAUUGAAGAUAAGACUAAGGAAUGUAAAAGAUUACAAGUGCAAAUAUUUUAGAGACAGAGUCAUUUUCAGUGCCUGGGUAGGAGAAAAAUUUUACUUGGCUGAUUUGGAGUUGCAGGCCAACAUAAUAAAGGACGAUUGCAAAUGCAUAAUUAAAAACGAGGAACCUAUAAUCACUCUUGUAAAAGAGAGAAGGGAGUCUUGGUGUAGCUUACUCAGACAGAGGAAUCCUAAUGUGACUUUCGAUUUUGAUCAUUGGGAAGAAUGUGAAGAGGAGAGCCACUUCUCCAAGGUUGUAACAUCUAAAAACCUGUCCUGCAAAGUGGCGGAAGUGGUUGAGAGCAGUGACCAGACUUCGGAGGAUGAGGAGACUGAGAGUGACUGAGCCUGUGGGCCCAGUUCUGAGGCGGACAAGGGACCACUGAGUGACUGGACGUUAGAGAACAGCAGUCACGUUCACACCUUUUUAUUAGUAGGGGUCAUCUGGCGGUGCUGGGAUUGGUAAUGGUGAGAAAUUCUGAAUCUAUUUAAAAAUGGGCUGCAGGUCUGGGCCUGGUAGCUUAGUUGGUUAGAGCAGUGGUCGGCAAACUCAUUAGUCAACAGAGCCAAAUAUCAACAGUACAACGAUUGAAAUUUCUUUUGAGAGCCUAAUUUUUUAAACUUAAACUUCUAACGCCAC